GAAGCGCACAAGUUACGACACAGGUACAUAUCAUGAGCCAUCUCCCAAUUCCACCUCCUCCCAACCACCCUCCUCAGCCACACGCUCCACCUCCCCCGCCAGAGUUCCUCAUCGAUCCAGGCCCGUCCCAGCCGCACUUCGAACAGCCGUUGGUCGCUCCCCGCCCUCACAAACUAGACCCCGAUCUGCCCGCCAACAUGGCCAGACAGCUCGACAGCCAGCUAGCCGCUCACCAAAGCUACCGCACCCUCUCCCCUCGCCCUCCCGUCAAUCCCAACCCGGGCUUCGUCAACCCAGCGGCCGUCCAGUAUCAGCCGACUCACUCGCCCUCCCCGAGAUCGUCCUCUAUUGGCCCUGCAGGAGGCUGGGCAUUGCCGGCAACGCCGAGGCCACACCCCCAAGGUCAACACCCCUCAUCACAGCCUCAGUACAGAAACUCUGUAGCCGCGUCUUCUCUCAGCCCUCAAAUGUCCGCCGUCUCUCUUGGCCCUCCCCAACCUCACCACCCACGCGCCUCUUCCAUGUACUCCCAGUACCCUCCCUCCCCAGCACAGUCUCCCCCCGCCAUGCACCAGACCGCUCCUCCUGCCUCCCUCACCGCUCCCCUACCCACACCACAGUCGCUUGCCAGCGCCCUCCCCGUCGUUCAACAGCCCACCCAUGAUCCCUCUUUCAAAGUCAACUGGGCUCGCGACGUCCUCAUGCUCGUCGAUCGCAGCCAGCAGAACCCUUCCGCCGAGAUCCCCGUCGGUCCAGUCGAAAUACACGAUCCCCAGCUCCUUCGCCUUUCACAGGCUGCCGUAUCCAUGAUCAUCCAGAUCGCCGACACCCAGCCGCUCCCAUCACCCACCCCGACCCACAUUGCAGAGGCGAUUUACCUCAAGGCCACCCUCGAAGCUUCAGGUGCCUACCCUGACCACGUGCCUCACAAUCCGCGCAUGGCCUUUCGUGAUUUCGAAAAAUCCGCUAGGGCAGGCUUCCCACUCGCCUGGUUCAGGCUCGGCCGUGAUUACGAGAACUUCAAUGACUUUGCCCAUGCAAGGGACUGCUUCGAGCGCGGACUCAAGGCUAAUGUGGAGAGCUGCAUCUACCGGUUGGGCAUGGCCAAUCUCAUGGGCCAAUUAGGCCUCCCCGUCGCAUACGAUGCUGCCAUCCCUCUUCUCCAUCGUGCCGCUACGCUCGCUUCCAUUCAGGUUCCUCAGCCAGCUUACGUCUAUGGGCUCCUCCUCCUUGGCGAAUUUUCCCACGUCACCGUACCCGAUCAGUACUUCGGCCCGUUCAUCCCGAGGGGAUCUUCACUUGAACUCGAGGCCCGCAAGCACAUCGAGCGUGCCGCUUACCUCAACUUCGCUCCUGCUCAGUACAAACUUGGCCAUGCGUACGAAUUCGCCCAGUCGCCGUUCCCGUUCGAUGCCCUUCUCAGCGUCCAGUACUACUCGCUCGCCAGCCAGCAGGGCGAGAUCGAAGCCGACAUGGCGCUCAGCAAGUGGUUCCUCUGUGGCGCCGAGGGAAGCUUCGACAAGGACGAAGGACUCGCGUUUACUUUUGCAGAAAAGGCGGCCCGCAAAGGUUUGGCCAGCGCCGAGUUUGCCAUGGGCUACUAUGCCGAGGUCGGCGUUGGGGGUUCGAAGGAUCUCGUUGCAGCUCAGGAGUGGUACGAAAAGGCGUCAAUUCACGGCAACACAGACGCCACAGAUCGGCUCGCUGCGCUAUCGCAGCCCGAUGCGCAGGCACUGUCGCGAUCGGAGCACGACAAUCUGACGGAGUCAAAGCUGGUACGCAAGCGGACACAGGCUAAGCAGCGCUCGGAGCAGGUUGGCGGACCCGCCGCCCCUCGGGCUUCCACGGAAGACACACAGCAGGUCGUGGACCUGGUGCGCAAGAAUUCGCGGGCGAGGCAGCCGCGGGUGACUGCAGCUGCGGGUGGCCCGGGCAGCCUUGCACCUGUGAACGAGCAAGCGGGUGCGGGACAACGGCAAUUCCCCAAUCAACAUCGAUUCACGCUCGUUGAUCCGGGGUCGAACCCUGGAACACCACCGCCAGGCCAGUCUCCACCGCACCGAGGAGGGCGCCCUGGUGGACCGCAGCGGGUGCCGUCUGGCACUGGGUCUCUCCCGACACCACAGCCGGACCAAGGGGCGCCUUUGGGUGGAUCAGCUGGAGGCAAGAAACACGCGCCGCAGACAUUUGCCGACAUGGGCAUUACGACUACGAAGUUGGAAGAAAAAGAGUGUGUGAUCAUGUAGAGAUGACAAGAUUGACUCUGUGGUGGAUGCUGAGACUGAUAAUGCGAUACUCCACGUACAUUUCCGAGUUAUGGACUAAUAGAGACAGCUGUGGGUCUCAGCUCAUGUCAAUAAUCAGACGGACUGGCUAUAGUAGUAGCUAGCUAAUACCCGUGUAUUUAUUCCAGUUAACGAUUGUCAGUUACUUUACUGUAUGCGUUUAAAAAAGGCAUAUUU